AUGAAUGCUGAAAGUAUAUUUAGCCGACAUGACUAUUAUCCAACUCCUUCUGGAAAUGUGAUUACAUAUAAGCAGCCAUCGUUAACUAGAAAAAGAAGAGCAGUAAUAAAAGCUGAUACAUAUGCAUUGAUUGUUUAUCUUUCUUCUCCUAUCGAUGCUGUAGAUUAUACUAUUGUAUCAGAUUUCUUUCUGAUAUAUAGAAACUUUAUUUCUCCAGUUGAACUUUAUGAUCUUUUAAUAUCAAGAUUUAGAUGGUGUGUUAAGGAAUCUAUGAAAAUUAAUAGCGAUAAUACAGAUGAAAGAUAUAAUCCUAAAAAAAUUGGUGAAGUAGCGUUGGUUAGAACUUUUGUAUUACUAAGACAUUGGAUUUUGAAUUAUUUCGUUACUGAUUUUUUACCAGACCUAAAGUUAAGAUUAAGAUUUGAAAAAUUUUUAAAUUCUGAUUACAAUGAUAAAUUCAAAAUAAUAACUUCAUCAAUAAUUAGUCUGAAAAAGGCAUGGCUACAAAGUUGCAAAAAUGUAUGGGUGAACCUGGAUUUUGAAGAGCCUGAAAUGAUAGGCAAUGAUACUAGUUGGUCCAAGUACAUCAUAAAAGAUGUUUCUGAAAUAGAAGAAGACAAGAAACGUAAUAGCCGUCUAAGUGAUUAUGCAUUAAAUGAAUUGACAAGUCCAAGUUUUAGAAAUUCUAAUGUCCUUUCACAAUUUAAGAGUACUGACAUAUUCACAAUACCCACUGAUGACAAUUCGAAGAAUAAUAGAACUGGCUCAAUGGUUCUAUUCCCUAAAGAUACUUUAGCUGUCGAUAAGGAAAUUCCAGACAUUGAUAAAUAUGAAUUAAAUCAAAGCAAUAGUAAUAAUACAGAAGUAACUGCACAAACUGAAAACCAGAGAAAAAUAGGACAUUUAUCAAAAAUUGCAAACAUUUCAACAAUAAUAAAAGACUUGGAUUAUCCAAAUUCUCCUGCAUUAGAUACAAUUAUACCCCCAACUCCAGCGAAGAAAGUUGAAUUCAUUUUAAGUUCAUCUUAUCUGCCUGAAGAAUUAAACGAAUCAUCAUUUUCUUCAAAUGACGAUGAAGAAAAAGGAGAGAACACUAAUACGGAAACAAAAUCCACUUUAAAUACAAAUAUUCUACGUAUUUCAGAUGGUCCUGGAGGAUUAUUAAAUAAAUGGAAGAUUAACCAUAAUGAUACCGGCGAAAAGAAGAAUGAUAUAUAUAAAUUAUCAAGUGUGAAUGCCUCAAAGCCUGAGCUAGAUAAUUUUGUGAAAUAUGUCAUCUCAAUCUCCUCCAUCACAACUUCAAAAGCUGACGAUGAGCAAAUUCUGAAUACUAUCAAUUCAAAGUUUGAUAUAUUGAGUGCGAGAACAAUCGAUGAAGUAGAAUAUUUGAUUAAUGUUGAGAAUACAUUAUUGAAGAAAAUAUACCAACGAACUUCAAACCUACCAAUUUUAUCAAAAGAACUGGAGAAAAAAACUAGUAAAAAUGAGGAAGUACAGGAAUUUAGCACAUUAGACAAUCUAAAUCUAUAUCAGACCGUUAGUUCAAUUGCAAAUUCUGUGAUUUCCUUGUCAAAUUCAUUGACAAAAAGAGAAAUUCAAAAAUCAUCGUCGCCAUUUCAAAAUAUUUAUAGAAGCAGAAGAGCCAAGAGUGCAAGUGAUUUCAUUAAUUUAUCUAAACGCCAUUCUACAAUAUCCAUUACAGAAAAUGGUAACAUCGAACAAGCCUUCAAAGUAAAUAGUAAUGGCCCUCAAAGAUUAGUUUUUCAAGAUCUUCCUGAAAACUCAGCACCAAUUUUCGAAAAGAGUACUUCGUUAAAAGGAAAUGAUUAUAUUUUCUCCCCAGUACAAGGAAACUUAUUUAAUGCAAAAGAUCCACAGGGGGGUUCUCCAUUAAAGCAUGUAUUGCACAACCCUAUUGAUGAGAUUUCAGAACACGAUAGUAAUAAUACAGCGUCAAUUGCAUCAACUAUAUCUUACGAUUCAUUAUUAUCAAAUAGUGAUAAAAGAUCAAGCUAUGCAUCAAAGAAUUCUUCAAAAAUAAAUAUGUUUGAUGAUAAUAAUCAGAAAUUAAAGAGAAAAGGCGCAAAGGCAAACCUUCGAGAAUUUACUUUUGAAGAUUUGCCAGCUAAAAAUGGGAAUAAAUCAGAAUCAGACAAUAUGGAAAAAGCAAACAACAGGUUGUCUACAAAAAGCUUAGGCCAAGAGUCAAAUGAUUCUGCAUCAUUGAAUAGAGCAGUUACUCCUGCAAGUGGAAGAAUUAGCAUUAUCAAACCAAAACAUUUAUCUACUAGCUCUCAAUCUCUUUCUUCAAUUUCAGAACUUACAGAAUCAAGAAUGAGCAGAGACUCAGUGUCUAUAUCCAAAAUUGAUGAAAUCUCGAUCCCAGAGCCUGAGGGCAUCAAUGAUACUCCUUCAACAACUUCAUAUAAUUCAUGUGUUAACCACGACAUCCUGGAAAAUGAAAUUGAUGUUAUAGAAAAACGUCUAACUGAAAUUGGUUUGGAUGCACUUGAUGAAGUAUCUGCUAUCAGAAGGUCGUACUCCAACAAAUUUAAUGACGCAGUAAGUUCUGAUGGCUCCAUGAAGUCUGUUAAAGGAACUAUUGAAUUACAACAAAGACCUGUUAUUGUUGAGGAAAAUGUGUCUCCACAACAUUCUUUAGCAAACAUUCAAAAUUUACAGAGGGAAGAAUCAUCAAGAUUUCUUGAAGUAGACAAUAAAUCUUUAAUUGACAGGAGGUCUCACAUUUUAAGCGCAAGUUCAAAUCUUAAUUAUAGUUCUGAAAACGAAAGCAUGGAUUUUGCAUCUCCAAUGAAAGAUAUGGAACAGUUAAAAAAUAGAUUUUUAAGUGCUGAUGAUAAGAGUAUUGAAGAUGAAUCUGAUGAUAAAUUGACUGAAGGCAUCAUUGAAAAGAGUGAACCAGAUAAGAAAGAAAGCAACCGAAGUUCAAUGGAAACCAAAGGAUUACUUGAUAUCAAAAAUAUUCCCGACGAAUCUGUUAGUGGCGAUCCUUUAACUGUUGCAUUAAUGAAGCUGGAAGGAACCUACAAACAAAAACUGGAUCCAAAUUCACCAAUUAAAAGUGACUCCUCUGGUGUACUUGAUUCUGUGAAAGAUCUCGACAUUUCUAGUAUCCCAUCAAAUCCAAAUGGCAAUACAAAUAAACGGAGGUCAUUAUUUUUAGAAAGAAGAAGACAAACAAUUAUGAAUAUACCAAUUACUCCAGAAGCUACCAAUGAUGAAGAUUACAAAAAUAUUAUCGGUUUCACUGACAAUGUACCGAUAAACAUAGAUGAGCUAUUUAAAGAGUAUAAGAUCGAGGAUCCAAGAUUAUUGAUUAAGAAUAAGGCAAACCAUAUACCAUUCAUUUUGAUGUACGAUUCAAUUUCAAUAGCUAAGCAACUAACCCUGAUCGAAAAAGAAAUUUUACUAGAAAUAGAUUGGCAAGAAAUGUUGGAUUUGAAGUCUACAAUAGAAGGUCCACAUGCCACUAGUUGGCUCCAGUUAUUAAUCCAAAAUGAAAACCUAUCAGGCAUUGAUUUAGCUAUCUCCCGUUUCAAUUUAGUAGUAGAUUGGAUAGUAUCUGAAAUUGUUUUAACAACUGAUACAAAAUUAAAAAGAAAUGUAAUCCAAAGAUAUAUUCAUGUUGCCGACCAUUGUAAAAGAAUGCAAAACUAUAAUUCAAUGAUGCAAAUUAUUCUUGCGUUGAAUUCUUCUACUAUUCAGAAAUACAUAGAGACAUGGCGCUUAAUCGAACCUGGUGAUUUGUUAACUUGGCAGGAAUUAAAAUCGAUUCCAUCAUUGGAUAAAAAUCAUAACACAGUCAGAAGUUUAUUAAAUUCUGUAGAUCCAUUAAAGGGCUGCAUUCCAUUUAUUGUCGUAUAUUUAUCAGAUUUAUCAUUAAAUUCUGAAAAGAGAGAUUGGAUUAUAGAAAAUCAAAUUGUAAACUAUAACAAACAUGACACUGGCGUCCAAAUUGUCAAGAAUUUUAUUCAAAGGGUUCAAUGGUCAAAAUUCUAUGACUUUGAUGUAGAUCAUGAAUUAUUGAGUAAAUGUGUUUACAUUUCAGCCUUAUCAAAAGAAGAAAUAAUAUUGGCCACAUCUGACAAUUCAUAG